AUGGCAGGAGGAAACAUAGUGUCAGGUAAAUCAUCAGAGAAUGGAGUGAUUCAGUCAUCGAGAGGCUGCGAUGAGAAUAAAGCUCGUGGCAACUGGACAGGAUCGCUGGAUUUCUUCUUGAGCUGUGUGGGCUAUGCAGUCGGACUCAGUAACAUCUGGCGCUUCCCUUACAUUUGCUUUACAAGUGGAGGCGGAGCCUUUCUCAUCCCGUACCUGAUAGCACUCGCUGUGUGCGGAUUGCCUCUGUUCUUCCUGGAUGUAGGCAUAGGCCAGUUUUCAAGCAGUGGAGCAAUUUUAAUGUGGAACAUAAGUCCUAUAUUUAAAGGUGUCGGUUUCGGAAUGAUGUUGGUGUCAGUGCUGUAUUGCGUCCUAUACAACCUGAUCAUGGCCUACAUCCUCUUCUACUUGGGGAUGUCCUUAACGAAGCUAUUGCCGUGGGAGACGUGCAUGAAUCCGUGGAACACUGCCGCAUGUCUGCAGCGUGGCUACGAUCUCCUCGGCAGCUCUAACAUGUCCGGUGAGUCUAACCAGUCGCAGCUUGUAGACGCCAUGAUGGACAACAUUACAGCAGACGCGGGCACAGCUAACAUCAGCGGGGUCGUAACCAGGAGUUCGUCGGCGACGGAGGAAUUCUUUUACAAUUUUAUAUUGGAGAUCUCUGAAGGACUUCACGACCUUGGUGGCUUCCACUGGAAGCUGCUGCUCGCUUACUGCAUUGGCUGCUUCAUCGUUUUUGUCUGCCUCUCUAAGGGCAUCAAAUCAACGGGAAAGGUGGUGUACUUUACCGUUACCUUCCCUUAUGUGAUUCUCCUUAUACUGCUGGUGAGAGGUGUUUGGGGUUUGGCUUUUGUGCAGAUAUUCUACUCACUCGGACCAGGCUGGGGUACUGUGGUUACGAUGGCAUCAUACAACCGUUUCCACAACAACAUGUUAAUAGAGUGUUACCUGGUACCGGUCGUGAACAGUGCUACCAGUCUCCUUGCUGGCUUCGUCGUCUUCUCUGUCCUUGGAUAUAUGGCGGAAGUCGCUCAAGUUGACAUUAAAGACAUCGUUACUGGCGGUCCUGGUCUAGCGUUUAUAGCAUACCCUGAAGCAAUAACACACCUGGCGAUCUCUCCGCUGUGGAGUGUUCUAUUCUUCUUCAUGUUGUUCACGGUGUCGCUGGAUACUCAGUUUGUAUCUCUAGAGACAGUUAUCACCUCUAUUAGAGACAUCCUGCCAUCAAGGUUUAAGGAGAGAAAGGUGUUGCUUACGUUGAUAAUGUGCGGAUUAUCGUUUCUACUUGGACUGCCAUUAACAACACGAGGUGGCUCGUACAUUUUCAUACUCAUAGACUGGUACUGCUUAGGAAUACCGGCUAUGUGUCUGGCUAUAGCAGAAGUGCUUGGGGGUUUUAUCUUAAGUUUUACUAUCAUCACAAGCGAGCCUGUCACAUAUCUCGACUACGACUAUCCACGGUGGAGCAUAGCUGCUGCUUGGACUCUGGCUGCCAUGUUAAUUCUCAUGAUUCCAAUGUACGCUGUCUAUUAUCUAACACGCGUUGCGAGAAGGGGCUCACUCUGGCAGCGACUCCGUAGAGGCCUGCAACCUUCCAAAGAGUGGGGCCCUGCUGUGGAGCCAUACCGGUCCGACUACUGGCAUCGGCGUCUCGCCCAAGGACACGUGGCGCCCCCUGAAUACAUGCAAGCUAACGAGCAAAUGCACUUUAUCGAUAACAAACAAGUCAGGGGCGUGUACAGGGGGGUGGUCUAA